GUUAUUAUACUGCAUGCAUUUGCUGGCAUUAACUGCUCUCUUACAUGCAGCUUUACCAAGCAUUCAUCGGUGUCGAGAAAUUCAGAAAGUGGCAAAAAAGAUCAGUCAAUUUGCCAAUAAAACCUACCCGCAUUCAUUUCAUACACCUAUGGAUGUAAAGGAAGAGUGCCUAGACACAGCAUUAAUGUGUUUUCGAUCACAGACUCCAAAAUUGCAUGUAGCUACAGGAAAAAACCAAGCAGAGCUUGACAGCUGUAUAAGAAAAGUGAAGCUCAGUAAACCCCAUGACCGUGAGGGGUGCACUUCAUGUUCUAACUACACCAAAGAGAGCCCAGAAGAAUUUCUGAAUAAAAUGGAGCUACUGUUGCAGAAGAUUGUUAGUAAAUCUUAAACCUACAAAUUAACAGCGGAGCUCGUACCUCUCUUUGAAAAAAUGCAACAUCAGUCAUUCAGCCAUUAGCCUACAAAGACCUAACCCUUUGAAAAGAAAACGAUCUGUCAUACUUGUUCUUGUGGAACUUAAACAACCCCCCAAAUCCAGAUCUUUGGGAUAUUACUAGUUUACAAUAUUUCUCGGAGCCCAUAAAUAUCAGGUUUAUUUUAAAGUGUCGCGUAUAUGAAUUCUACACAGUGUUCUCAGGCCUGUACUCUUGUCCACGGCGUACAGCCUUAUUGCAGUUCUAAUGUAAAUGUCCACCGUACAUGGAUUUUUAAUACCAGUUGUUCCUAGAGUUGCUCUUUAGCUUUUUAAUUGACUGUGAUAAAUAAGUAUUUAUAAGGAAUAAUAACGUAUUCCUUAGUUUUCAUCGCAUGCAAAAUUUGCAAUCAAUAAUUAGCAAAUGUGACGUU